AUGACUGACACCGAAUCCACUGUCAUCUCCGUGCCCCGCGCUGAUUUCGAGAAAAUAAUGAAGAAGAUCAAAGCCACACCAUACAAGUCUGCCUAUCUCUCAUUCUGCAGUGCCGAAUUUACAUUGCAUUUCAAAAUUGCCGGAAAGGAGUUCCACAUCCCGUCCUAUCAAAUCUUACACCCAUUGAACUCCAAUUGCCAAGUUAUGAUUUCGGCAAGCAAUGGACAUUGGGCGAUCCGUUUAUUCGGCAGUAUUGCCAAGUGCACGACUUCAAAGGGAAACGAGUGGGAUUUGCGCCGGCAAGAAAGAUUGAUUAUUGAGAGGGGUGAAAGUUUGAAAAUAAAUUGAGUUUACGAAACAAAAAGUAUUGAUUUGUUGAAUUAAAGUGUAACAGAUUGGAGUAUACUAGACCUUUCGCAAAGUCUCUGAAGUGAUUUAUGCUCAGUGAGAAAGCAGAAAUUUACUUCUUGCUUUUUGCACCGUGCGAUUGGCUUUAUCCGGCUAUCGCUUGCACACUGACUUUUCUUGCACAAUGCAUGUCGCAAAGGUCACUCCAGCGACUUUCAAAAACGGCGCUACUAUAGGUACUUUGGGGUACCCCAAUUUGUCAUUGCAAUUUCUCAGUCAUUUGCGCAUUUAGCGUCUUUAACAGGACACAGUUUUUAUGGCACCCGCCCGUCCUAGACCUCAUAUCGGUUGAUUUUGUGUUGAUCCGGAAAGUCGGGGCCAGUCAAAAACGAUGGUAUAGAGAGUGCGCUCGAUACUGCAGUUUAUAACCGUUAUUGAAUAUCAGCUUGUCGGGGGAAAAGAAGCUCUGAGUGAUCAACUGAGGCCGCUCGUCAGCCGGAUAUCACGGACGUCAUACCGAAACCUGUCCCCGCACCUGAAAAGGCGGGGCAAAAUCAAGUGUUCUACUAUUUUUGGAUGUUGAACAAAUAAGGCCAUUCAGUUCAAACUCGUUUUGUGUACAUAUACUUAAAGUUCCGUGCUUUGGACCGAUUUUGUUUUAUACGUUUGUCCAAUAUGACCUUCGUAGGGAUCAAUCUGAGUUUGUUGCUUAUUUACAUCUACACUACACACUAUGUAAAUUCAAAGUCUUUUAGUAUAGGAGUUUCCAAAGCAACAGGUAAAUUUCUUUCUCAAAAUUCUCAAUUUCCACAGUCAACGCCUCAAGUGUGAUAUACGACGUGUACGGGCAACAGUUAAGCAAUCGCGAAGACGUUAAUAUAUACUACGGGAAAAUAACGCUGGGGACUCCGCCACAGGAGUUUAACGUUUUAGUUGACACUGGCUCUGAUGUCCUAUGGGUACCUAAACUUGGUUGUCAAUCUAGCGGGCCUCUUGUUCGAAAAUGCCCGAAUGUUGACACGUACGAUCCAGAUGCCUCCUCAACGGCUGAAUUCGCACAGAUAUCGUUCAGUCUUGAAUACGGUACAGGCUCCACGAAGGGACACUACUAUCUAGACAAUUUCGCUGUAAGAGGCAACUUUCGUUAUGGCCAGUUACUACAGCUUUCCAUUCUAGUUUGGCCCUAAAAACGGCCCACAGCUCAAAUUCAAGGAGAAGGUUAAAUUUGGUGCUGGUCACACGAUGCGUCAUAUCGAUGACGGCAUCCUAGGACUGUCUUUCUCGGAUCCCAAGCGGACAGCCACAAAUAUUUUCCAGCAAGCAGUGAAAGAAGGCCUAAUGGACAAGCCCCUCUUUACUGUCUUCACGCGGGAAUGUUUUGGUUUUUGUGAGGAUGGAGGACUUAUUACAUUUGGUGAUUUUGAUAAAAAGAAUUGCUGCAAUGUGAAAGGAUGGGCAAAGGCCUUACCAGGAGAAGUCCAUUGGAAGUUUAGAAUGGAUGGUGCGAGGAGUAAGAAUAUUUACAAAACUCUCAUCUAUCUGAACAAGUACCACAAAUUUUUAGUUGACGACGUCGAACUGACUUCGAAGGUGAAACUUGACGACGUUGAACUGACUUCGAACGUGAAGGCAAUAACCGACACUGGAUCGUCUCACAUCCGUAUGCCAAAGAAAGAUUUCAAAAAAAUCGUUGCAUUAUUAAAUCCCGUUCCCAGAGGCGGUGGCCACACAUUGCCUUGUCUAACAUACUUCGUAUUGCGCUUUAUUAUCAAUGGCAUUAAGUAUCACAUACCCUCUAGAUACCUUCUACGUAUCAUCGGCUCCGCCGAGACUUGUCAUCUAAUGUUGGGUGAGGUCGACUAUGAGCACUGGGUUCUGGGUGAACCGUUCAUCAGAAGGUAUUGCCAAGUCCAUGAUGUGGCCAACAGACGGAUUGGUUUUGCACCAGCGAGAUACUGA